UUUUCGUAUCUCCUGCGUGGACUUUCUACAGAAUUUCAGAUCUUCCAAAACGAGAGAGCCUAGAAGAUAGAGAAACUCGAGAUAGAAGAAGAAGAAGCGGAGAGAGAGAGAGAGAGAGAGAGAGAGAGAGAGGUUUUCGUCUGCGACUCUACGAAAGCCCUAACGAUGAACAACUUCAAUUGGAGAUUAGACUAAGCUUGAAAGUCAUCAACAUCAAUGGCUGAAAACGAAGGAUCUUUGCCAAGAGCUUCAUCAGCUCCUCUCCGCCCUACGAUCAUGCUACCUCCUCGUAGUUCCAUGGAAAAUCUCUUCACUGCUGGUCCAGGUGCGAGCCCUGGUCCGAUGACUCUCGUUUCCAACUUCUUCUCCGAGAACGAUCCGGACUCCGACUGCCGCUCCUUCUCUCAACUCCUCGCCGGAGCCAUGUCCUCUCCCGCGGCCGUUUCAGGCCACCGGCCGAGCUUUCCGCCGCCGCCGCUGGCUGAGGAUUCGUCUUCCAAGGAUAAGAACGGAGAUUUCGAUUUCCGGUUCAAACAGAACCGGCCGUCCGGUUUGAUGAUUGCUCAGGCUCCGAUGUUCACGAUACCUCCCGGUUUGAGUCCUGCGAGCUUGCUCGAGUCGCCGGGGUGGUUCUCGCCUGGUCAGGGCCCCUUUGGAAUAUCCCACCGACAGGCUCUGGCACAGGUUACAGCUCAGGCUGUACAAGCUCAAUCCCAGACGCUUGCCCAUGCUGAAUUUCCAUCUAUAUCAGCAGCUCCUGCUACAUCAUUGACACAAUCUUCAUCCUUUACUUCCAAUGUGACAUCGCAGCAGCAGAUGCCUCCCUCUAUGCCAGACCCUGGCAUCACCAAGGAGUCAUCUGAUCGUUCUCAUUCUGACCUUAGAUCCCAACCUUCUUCCUUUAUUGCUGAUAAGCCUGCUGAUGAUGGUUUCAACUGGCGGAAAUAUGGGCAGAAGCAGGUGAAGGGCAGUGAAUAUCCUCGAAGUUAUUACAAAUGUACACAUCUGAAUUGUCCAGUCAAGAAGAAGGUUGAACGUGCUCUUGAUGGACAAGUAACUGAGAUUAUAUACAAGGGACAGCACAACCAUCAGCCGCCUCAAAAGCGUGCAAAAGAUACUGGAAAUCCAAAUAGUUACUUAAAUCAUCAGGGAAACUAUGAAUCGGCUGUGGAAGGUCAGACUGGGUUUUUGAACAAAUCAAAAGAAGCUGCUAAUUCAUUGUCUUUGAAGGGUCAGGAAUCUAGCCAAGCUACACAGGACCAUCUGUCAGGAUCAAGUGACAGUGAGGAAGUUGGUGAUGCUGAAACUAGAGUCAAUAGAAGGGAUGAAGAUGAACCUGAAGCAAAGAAAAGGAACACAGAGGUCAGGGUUUCAGAGCCAGCUUCAUCAAAUCGUGCGGUUACAGAACCAAGAAUCAUUGUACAGACCACCAGUGAAGUUGAUCUUUUGGAUGAUGGCUACAGGUGGCGGAAGUAUGGCCAGAAAGUUGUUAAAGGAAAUCCUUAUCCAAGGAGUUAUUACAAGUGCACAAGCCCAGGGUGUAAUGUCCGUAAGCAUGUUGAGAGAGCCGCAAGCGACCCUAAAGCUGUCAUAACAACAUAUGAAGGCAAACAUAAUCAUGACGUACCGGCAGCUAGAAACAGCAGCCACAACAUGGCCAACAAUAACGCGUCACAGUUAAUGCCACCACACAAUGCCGUAUCUGACAAGCAUAAUACUUCAGCGAGAAAAACAGAUUUUGGAAACAAUGAUUCACAGCCAAUAGGACUUCUUCGGUUUAAAGAAGAAUUGACAUAGCUUCUUUGAAACUGUAAGUUUGUUUUCUUAGCUCUUUAUUUAUGCUUGUGGCUACAGUUUAGCCCACGAUUAUCUUCCCAAACUGCAAAAACACAAAGGACAGGAUAUAAAAAGAAAGAAGAGCGGGAAGAUAGUUUAAAACCAAAAAGGAUGUCGGUAUGGACUAGCAAAGAAUGAAUUGAAUAGGGACAUUGUUGUGUGUAAACUAGUUUGAGAGGGGGAUUGGGGGGGUGAUAUACAGUAAUUGUAAUGUUAUUCUUCUGUGUAAUUCUUUUGUUAAAUGAGAUUUUGGUGGUAA